AUGGACAUUCAGCGAGGCUCCCGUCGGGCUCGCCAUGUAGCUGCCAAUACGGCGGCGAACCAGGCUGCCCAGGCCCAACAGCAGCAGCAUCCGUCACCCACACAAGAUGAUGGUCUUCGCCAGGGCCUGUUGCGCCCCGCGCCGCAGACGCGGGACAUGCACAGGACGCCAGACAACCGGCAGCCAGAGAGCGAUGAGGAGCACGAGAUGCCUACUGUGGCGCCGCGGGUGAAUCCAUUCCGACUACAUCGAUGUAAGUUUGAAAUACCGCUUCCCGUCGCCUGCUUGGGCUCUACGUGA